AUGAAAUAAAAGGAUGUAAAGAAUCUUGAACUUAGCGAGAUUGAAAUAAAUUGUCAAAUAAAUUAUUCCCUCAAUAAAAAUAAAGACUCUUUAAUAUAACAUUCAUCAAAUGGUGUUAUUACUGAGCUUAGGAACUUUAAAGACUAUUAAACAAUCAUAAAAAUUAAACCUAUUAUAUAAAAUAACAAGAUGAAUUAUUAUAUUCAUUUUGAUAUAAUGUCAGAGAUUUCUAAUUAUAUAAACAAUAAAGAUAUAAAUUUGAGAAUGUGUACAAUCUCUUUUGAAUAAUAAUAAUAGUUUUAAUAGAAUUAAAUGUAGUUUUAAUUAAUAUAUGCAAUUACUUUCGAAUAUGGUUUCCAAAUUAAAGAAAAUCCAAUUGAUUAAGCCAUAAUUUAAAUUAGCUCUCGAAUAGAUAAGAUAUGUAUUGAAACUUAUAAUAAUGGGGAUAUCAAUCUAAUAUAAUAAAUAGAUGAGCUAUUCGAAUAAUUUUAGGAAUUUCUUAACUGA